CGUCAACCUAUUGAUUUUACUUUUAUGAAUUCUCUUAUUCGAAAAAAGAAUUUGUUUUGAGUAGUUUCUAUCAAAAAAAUACCUCAUGGAAUACGAUCCUAGGGCAUUCUAGGAUUAUAGUCCAAUUUGGUCAUCACCAGGUCUAGUAGAGAACAACAAUAGACCCGACAGAUUUCUCACUUGAGGAAGUCGACGCAGUUUGAUUAUUAAUAAUCGAUCGUGAGGGACUACCAUCACCAUGUCUAGUCUCAUCCACCCACGAAUUCGAGUUUGAGGACAUAUACUUUAAAGAUAGUCCUCAUCUUACGCACACAAUCGCAUCAACAAUAAACCAACCAAACAAUCAAACAGAAAGAUAGAAAAAAUAAAAUCAUCAUAUAUAUACCAAAAUCAAAGAUUAGAUAUUCUAGACCUUAUAGGCUUCACCUACUUACACAACUAAGGGAACUAGCUAGUCGGCCACGGGAUGAGUUUCAGCGGGAAAAUGUCUCUAUUCAUUAUGCGUAAGCAAUAGGGUUAAACAGAUGCCAUGAUUGAAGGCAAGCAGAUCUCAUUAAGAUCCAUUUGGUAGUCACAGGAAGAUCAGAUAUAUAAUCUUCGUGUUUCCAUUUGCACAUUGAUGAUAGAAAACAAUCUCGUAGGACGAGAGCCAGUUACUAACCCUCUCACAUGACAGCGGCAUCAUAUCCUAUAACUUAUACAGGUGAUAGAAAACAAGAUACUUUAUAUUCCACCUAAUAGUUUUUCUAAUCGGAGAUUGUACCGAUAAGUUUACAAUAGAGUUUUUUAUAUUGAAAAUUGUGGUUCAAUUAUUUUAUACCACUAAAUUAUCGCCUACUGGUAUAGCUUUUGAUAGGGAGUUUUUCUGGUUGAAUCAUCUUACAUAGACAUAAGUAUUUCUUGUGUAUCAUCAAUGAAACAAAAGUACAACAUAAGUCUUAAUGAUUAAGACAAGACCCAAAAUUUAUGGAGGAAGUAUACAAACCUAUUACAUAAGUCUUUCAUUAUAUAAGUUUGAAUAAAUAAAAAAUUACUAUAAAUAAAUUGUUGAUUAUCUCAUUGCAAUACACAAAAAAUUUUUAAGGUCGGUGAUUUUUUUACACAACAGUUUAUCAAAUGUGAUACUGUUAGCGGGUAUUAUUUCAUGGGUUAAUUAUUGUUGGGUUAGUGGCUAUUUGUUUGUAGUUAUUAGGCCCAAUGAUGUUGCCCAUUUACGUUAGCCCAUGUAACCCAUGCAUGGACACCACGUUGGCUGUAGAUGGUGAUCCUAGGGUUCGGCUAGGGUUGGGUUUUUCUCUUGUAUAUGAGCAGCCGAAUGAUGUAAGGAGAAGGUAACAAAUACACAAUCAAUAAUAUCAGUAGCUAGAAGAGUGUUCAGAGCUCUUCCGUGGAUUAGUCCUGGAUCAUCCAGGGAUACCACGUAAAUCCGGUGUCAGUUAUUUCAUUGUCAUUUCCGAUUGUCCAACAUGGUAUCAGAGCUUCCGCCACUGAAUUCCGAUCGUCCUUCUGUCCGUCUGACAUCAACCAAUUUCGCUUUAUGGGAGUUUCAAUUCCGAGUGUUCGUGGAAGGUCAUGGUUUGCUGGGUAUUCUCGACGGGACUGUCCCGCAGCCGCGUCCAACCCUUCCCGCGUCUGAAAUCGAACAAUGGAAUCAACGAGAUGCUCGCGUUCGUCACUGGCUGCUCGGAUCAGUCGAUCCCUCCACCUGUUUGAGUCUUCGUCCGUUUGCCACUGCGCAUCAAAUGAUGCAGCGCCUGAAAGCUACGUAUUCUACCGUGAACGUUGCCCGGCAGUUCGAGCUGCAGACGGCGUUGGCGCGCCUUGAGCAAGGUGAUCUGUCCAUCACCGAGUACUUCAACUCAGCCCAGGAACUGUGGACUGAACAUGACAUCAUUCAAGCCACGAUUCGUCCUCAAGCUGUCACCACGGAUGCCCUCGCUGAGAGGCAACAAACUCGGCUGUUUCAGUUCUUGAUGAGAUUGCGGCCUGAGUAUGAAGCUGUGCGCACAACGUUACUAAAUCAGGCCGAGUUGCAAUUUGAUGGGAUGCUGGGAGUUUUGGUUCGUGAGGAGACUCGGCUACGAACUCAAGCCCAGCUUGAUGUGCGACCGGGAGCAGGGGAGGCAGUUUUCUCGGCCUCUCAAUCCACCGCCUAUGCUGCCGAUCGCCUUCAAUUUCAGCGCCGCACUCCGAUCGCUGAACUGGAGUGUCACCAUUGCCACGAACGUGGUCACCUGAAGAAACACUGCCGCGGAUGGAACUUUUGCGUUUAUUGCAAAAGAACCGGUCACAUCGUCUUGGACUGUCGAACUCGGCAGCGCCAUGAAGCGCGUGCCCAAGGAGGAAUGACGAGUGCUCCUUCCCAGCGUCCUGCUCCUGCCCCAGGCUCGUUUUCGAGUUCUUCUUCUUGGCCCUAUGAUCGCCAAGCAGCCCCUGCCGUGGACCGUCCUCAGCGCGCCGCGUAUAUGGCCGAAGCAAUCAGCAAUGGCGGCAGCAGUGGUCUGUCCGCCCAAGAUAUUGAGCAAAUGGUGAACGCUGCACUCCAGAGGUCUUUACCAACGGCCAUCAAUGCUGCGUUUGCAACCCUUCAUGGAAACUCAGGUAAGCCGUCUCCUUGGAUUCUUGAUUCCGGCUGUUUCAACCAUAUGACGCAUAAUUCUCGUUGUUUAACGAAUGUGCUGCCGAUUAAUGAUUUGUCUUUGCGGGUAGCAAAUGGAAAUCAGUUACAAGUUAGGGGUAUGGGUAUGAUGCAUGAUUCUCACCUUGAUUUACCUCAUACUCUCCAUGUCCCACAACUUGUUCCUAACUUAGUUUCUGUGGGACAACUUACCGAAGCUGGCUGUUCUGUUUUGUUUGCACCGUCCGGUUGUGUUAUCCAGGAUCUGAAGACGGGGAGGCAGAUCGGCAGAGGGAGUAAACGGGGGAGGAUUUUUCACUUAGAAGAACUUGGAAAAUCUUCAUCAUCAUCAUCUAUCAGUAAUUAUCGUGAUAGGUCUGUCAGUAGUCCUGCGUCUUUUCCUACAUGUUUUUCGAGUCAGUCUAGUGAUGUUUGGGAUCUUUGGCACAAUCGUUUAGGACAUCCUCAUUCGAGUCGUUUGGCUGUGAUGUUUAGACAGUCUUUGCUUGGUAAAAAUAAUGCUUGUACCUCUGCGAAACAUUCUUGCACGAGCUGUGUCGAAGCAAAAACCAGUAGUCGGUCAUUUCCUUCUAGUACCACUGUGAUUGAUCAACCUUUUCAUGUUAUUCAUACUGAUCUGUGGGGACCUUCAUCUGUUCUUUCUCGACAUGGUUUUCGUUAUUUUGCCUUGUUUAUUGAUCAUGCUACUCGUUUUACUUGGGUGUAUUUUCUGCGUCAAAAAUCAGAACUUCGAUCGGUAGCUACUGAAUUUCUAAAAAUGAUACAUACUCAAUUUGAUCGACCUGUGAAAAUAGUGCGUUCUGAUCCUGGUGGGGAAUUUAGUUCUUCUCCCUUGUAUGAGGUGUAUCGUUCUCUCGGCAUUCUGACUCAGAAAUCUUGUCCCGGUGUUUCUCAACAAAAUGGUCUGGUUGAGCGCAAAAAUCGUCAUGUAUUAGAUCUUACUCGUGCUCUUCUUCUUGCCUCGAAUGUCCCUAGUCGGUUUUGGCCUGAAGCAGUAGCUACCGCGGUCCGUCUUAUCAAUUAUCAAGUUACCCCAGUUUUGCAAAACACCAGUCCAUACUUUGCCUUGUACUCAAAACAUCCUGACUAUACUAGUCUUCGUGUUUUUGGCUCGCUUUGCUUUGUUCUUCUUCCACGGCGAGAACGUACUAAACUGUCUUCUAAAACUGCUAGGUGUGUCUUUCUUGGGUAUAGUGAUGUGCAUAAAGGCUACUUGUGUUUUGAUCCUCAUUCUCAGCGUAUGCGCAUUGCUACAACCGUUGUUUUCUUUGAAAAUAUCAUGUACUACACCGAUGCUUCUUCCUCGCCUAGUUUUCUCCCCUCUACCUUGUCAUUACCUGGUUUCAGUCAUGAUGAUAUUGAUGGUGUUGAUUUCCUUCCACCAACUCCCCCCGACGCUCCUGACUCUGAUUUGUCUUCCCCGGACGACACAUUCUCCGCCUCUACUGCCUCUACAUCCCCUCCGCACCCACAUCUCACGUCCAGCUCCCAUGGUUCUGCGUCCCCAUCUUCGUCGGCCUCUACUUCGUCAUCCGGUUCAUCCUCUGCUGCAUCGACUACAUCCCAUGGCUCGUCCCCAUCACCAGCUCCUUUACCUCGUCAUUCCACUAGAUCCACGAGAGGUAUUCCCCCACCUAAAUUUAAUGAUUAUGUUGCUCAUGGGGUGGAUGCUUUUCUUGUUCCAACUCGCUACAAGCAAGCUCAAGGAGAUCCGGUUUGGGAUUAUGCGAUGAAGAAGGAAUUGGAUGCCUUACAUGCCAACAAUACUUGGACCCUGGUUCCGCGUCCUCCUCCUUCUACCUCUGUUGUUGGCUGUCGUUGGGUGUACACAAUAAAAAUGAAUCCUGACGGUACGAUUGAACGUCAUAAGGCUCGUCUGGUUGCUCAGGGAUUUACACAGGAAAUGGGGAUUGAUUACAGUGAAACAUUUGCUCCGGUGGCCAAGAUGUCUACUGUUCGCACUUUACUGGCUGUUGCUUCUCUACAACAUUGGCCCCUGUAUCAGUUGGACGUGAAGAAUGCUUUCCUUCACGGUGAUUUGGAUGAGGUCAUUUAUAUGGAACGUCCUCCUGGGUAUACUCUUGGUACGGCUGAUCAGGUUUGUCGUCUUAAUCGGUCUUUAUAUGGUCUUAAACAGGCACCCCGUGCCUGGUUCGAGAAAUUUCAAGCUACUAUCACUGCUCUUGGUUAUCAGCAGAGUUUGAAUGAUCCUUCUCUCUUCACCAAGAAAACCUCCUCUGGUCUGGUUGCUUUGCUGCUUUAUGUUGAUGAUAUGGUUAUCACUGGGUCUGAUCCUGCUGGUAUUCAGAGUUUGAAGGAUGGUCUAAGUGCGGUAUUUAAUCUUAAAGACCUUGGUGAUCUCUCUUACUUCCUUGGUCUUGAGGUUACUCGUAAUGCCAAAGGGAUUCUCUUGAGUCAGCGUAAAUACAUAUCCGAUUUGCUGUCUGAUCAUCAGUUUCAUGACUGCAAGCCUGUUGCUACACCGAUGGAGCCUAAUCUUCAUCUCAGUCGUUCUUCUGGUACUCCUCUUCCAGAUGCUACUGCUUAUCGGAGUAUUGUUGGGAGUCUGAUAUACCUUGCUGCUACUCGCCCAGACAUUUCUUACCCUGUGCAAGUUGUGAGUCAAUUCAUGGCAUCUCCCUGUACUGAUCAUUUAGCAGCCGUUCAUCGUAUCCUUCGAUAUCUUCAGGGCACUCGUGAUGUCGGCAUGUUUUUUCCUUCCUCUGGUGCGUUGGCUCUUCGUGCUUACUCCGACUCCGACUUUGCUGGCUGUGUCGAUACUCGCCGUUCUACCACUGGAUGGGCUGUUCAGUUUGGGUCUGCCUUUAUCUCCUGGCGUUGUAAGAAGCAAGACAAGGUCUCCAAGUCGUCCACCGAGGCUGAAUACAGGUCCAUGUCUGAUGUAGCUUCUGAACUUGUUUGGUUACGUCGUCUCCUCCGUGAUCUGGGUGUCCGCUGCCCUCUUCCUAUGGAUCUAUUUGUGGAUAACACCAGCGCUAUCCGGAUUGCAGUCAAUCCCGUCCUGCAUGAUCGCACCAAGCACAUCGAAAUUCAUGUCCACUACAUACGCGAUCUUGUUGGGGAUGGUUACCAUUACUCUUCACUAUGUCCGCACGGAAGAUCAGAUUGCUUAUGUUUUCACAAAGGCGUUCUCCACCAGUCGUCAUUGGUAUCUCUCGAGCAAAUUGAUGCUUUGUGACCAGCAUCAAUUUGGGGGAGGCUGUUAGCGGGUAUUAUUUCAUGGGUUAAUUAUUGUUGGGUUAGUGGCUAUUUGUUUGUAGUUAUUAGGCCCAAUGAUGUUGCCCAUUUACGUUAGCCCAUGUAACCCAUGCAUGGACACCACGUUGGCUGUAGAUGGUGAUCCUAGGGUUCGGCUAGGGUUGGGUUUUUCUCUUGUAUAUGAGCAGCCGAAUGAUGUAAGGAGAAGGUAACAAAUACACAAUCAAUAAUAUCAGUAGCUAGAAGAGUGUUCAGAGCUCUUCCGUGGAUUAGUCCUGGAUCAUCCAGGGAUACCACGUAAAUCCGGUGUCAGUUAUUUCAUUGUCAUUUCCGAUUGUCCAACACAUUUUUCUAACUUAAUUCACUUCUUAAUAAUUAAAAUUUAUUUACCAUCACCUACUAUAUUCAACGUCUCAUCAAAGUGUCAUUACGCAAAUUAAAGCUUCUGCGAGAUAAGUUGAUAAAUAUAAUAAUUUAAUCAAAUGUAAAACUUAUGAAGGUCGAAAGAUAUUGUUAUUUCGUAUAUAUUAAUCAAACGAACAUGUUACAUAAUUCUUUCGUAAUAAUUAAGACACUAUGUAAAUCUUAUGAAAGUGCCUUGAAUUAGUUUGUGAAUUAUUUCAUUUCAGCUACAUCAAUAAACGAGUGGAUAAAUUUUAUCACCAAAAAAAAAAAAAAUCAGUUUAAUACAGUCGCAAAGUGGGAGGGAGUUAUUAAUUGUUGGAAAUUGCUUAAACUUCUACGAUCGAUUUGGGGAUAUGGAUUUGACAAUCAAGUAUAUGGUGAUUGUAUAGAACAGCAAAUGGCUAUCAGAUGGCGUGUAAAAAUAUAUUGGUGCAAAUCCAACUGUCAUUUGUAUUACUAUUUGAAAAGCAAAAAUGAGUUCUUUAUUGGAGGAAAUUCGUUAAAAUCUGCAAUUGAUUUGGGGAUGCGGAUUUCACAAUCAAGAAUAUAAUGAUUGUAUAUGACACCUAAUAGCUAUUAGUUGGGGAUACGGAUAUCACGAUUUGAGUGUGUAAUUGUAUAAUAUACACCUCAUAUAGCUAUUAGUUUGCAUGUAAAAUCUUGGUAAUGUUGAAUGAGUUAUUAAUUGGAUGAAAUUCCUUGAACAUCUACAAUCGAUUUGGGGAUAUGGAUUUCAUAAGUUCGUAAUUUAGAGGAACCAAGGUGCCAAACAGACACCAUCACAUGGCGAUACUAGUUUAAGUCUAUAAAGAGAAGACUACAACCAUACCAAUAGUUGACCACCUGCUAAGAGUCGACCGGCCAGACACCGGUCCCAACGUUCAACCAUUCAAAUCAUAUAUAUGGAGUUCUACGGUAUCCAGAGUGAAAUUCAGAGUACCGCAUAUCUUGAGUAAGAAAACGUUAUCUAGAACUUGAAUUGAGGCACCAUAUAUAUAUAUAUAUAUAUAUAUAUAUAUAUAAACUAAUAUAAAGAAU